AGAAAAAUUACAGUGCUUAAUUUUAACCGGUUACGGUGCCGUGAAAAUUUGAAGGCUUAAGUUGAGCGACAUCGGAGAAAAACCCUAAACCCCUUCCUCGUCCACUUCGUCUGCUGCGGCCGUCCGUUCCUCUGCCUUGGCUGCCUCAUCCGACAAUGGCUUCAGAGAAGAAGCUCUCGAACCCCAUGCGAGAUAUUAAAGUCCAGAAGCUGGUUCUUAACAUCUCCGUCGGUGAAAGCGGCGAUCGUCUCACCAGAGCCGCCAAGGUGCUCGAACAACUCAGUGGCCAAUCCCCCGUCUUCUCUAAAGCCCGUUACACCGUUCGGUCUUUUGGGAUCAGGCGUAACGAGAAGAUCGCCUGCUAUGUCACUGUGAGGGGCGAAAAGGCAAUGCAACUUCUUGAAAGUGGUUUAAAAGUUAAGGAAUACGAACUCUUGCGCAGGAACUUCAGUGAUACAGGCUGCUUUGGUUUUGGUAUUCAGGAGCAUAUUGAUCUUGGAAUCAAGUAUGACCCUUCGACUGGUAUAUAUGGUAUGGACUUCUAUGUUGUUCUAGAACGUCCAGGCUAUCGUGUUGGUCGUCGACGUCGAUGCAAGUCAAGUGUUGGAAUUCAACAUAGAGUCACCAAAGAGGAUGCUAUGAAGUGGUUUCAAGUUAAGUAUGAAGGUGUCAUCCUUAAUAAGUCCCAGAACAUUACAGGCUAGAUCAAUCCCUCAAUUUUGGUGGCUUCUACAGGUUUUUGUAGUCUUCUUAUUUUUGUAUCAGAACUUUAUUUCAAGGUUUGAAGACAUUCAUUAAUUCUUCCUGUAUUUGAACUUCAGACGAAAAAAAUGGUUUCCUCCUAAUGAGAAAUUUUGUUAUUUUAUGACUCAAA